GUUUGUUAAAAGGUAACAUAACAGAAGAAGGAAAGCGGAGUCUUCCGUAAGACAGUCUGGACUUAAGGAUAUACUUACCUGAGGAGGAUAACAAAUCUGCCUCUGAGGACACGCACCUGCUCCUGAAGAAGAAUUUUUUUCAGCAGCAUUCUCCUUUCCUCAAUUAACCAGUGUGUGUGUGUGUUAGUAUGUUUGUUCUGGGUGGGCUGUCCUGUUUUGGGAUUUGAUUGUGUGUGUGUGUGUGUGUGUGUGUGUGUGAGAGAGGUGGCCACAUGGGGCCCUGGCCCUGUCUGGGAUGCCAGCUGCAGCAUUGAAGUCCACUCCGGAGGACAUGGUGGCAGAGGGAGGGGACGAAGAAGAGCGCGGCACGUCCCAGUGGGAAGCUUCGGGGCCGGGCCGGGAGAGGCUGCCUCUGCCUUCUCUGAAGGUCCCCAGGGAGCUGCUGCGGAGCUUCCCCCACUCCAAACGGGUGGGAUCCUAUCUGGUGGGGAAAAUGAUCAACAAGGGAUCGUUUGCCAAAGUGAUGGAGGGGCUGCACAUCGGCACGGGGGAAAAGGUGGCCAUUAAGGUGAUCGACAAGAAGAAAGCGCGGCAAGAUUCCUAUGUGCUGAAGAACAUGAAGAGAGAACCUCGAAUUCAUCAGAUGGUCCGACAUCCUCACAUUGUAGUACUGCUGGAGACUCUGGAGACAGAGAACAGCUACUACAUGGCCAUGGAGCUCUGUGCUGGAGGAGACCUGAUGGACAGGAUCUGUGAGAGGAAGAGGCUGGAGGAGAGGGAGGUGCGGCGCUACACUCGUCAGAUCCUCUCUGCAGUGGAACACCUGCACAAACACGGCAUUGUACACAGAGAUUUAAAGAUUGAAAACUUCCUGCUGGAUGAACAUAACAACAUAAAGAUUGUGGACUUUGGCCUGAGUAACACUCUGAAGGCUGAAUCGUUGUCUCUGGAGCUCCUCAACACCCAGUGUGGAAGUCCUGCCUACGCGGCCCCUGAGCUGCUGGCUCACAGGAAGUAUGGACCCAAAGUGGACGUCUGGUCUGUAGGUGUGAGUAUGUUUGCCAUGCUGACAGGGACUCUGCCUUUCACUGUUGAGCCUUUCAACAUCAAACACCUGCACCAGAAAAUGGUCAACGGAGAGAUCAGCAGCAUCCCCGGUGACGUCAGCAAAGGUGCAGUGGCAUUUGUAUUGUCUCUCCUGGAGCCAGACCCAGCUAAGAGACCGAGUGUCAGCGCUGCGAUGGAGGAGAGGUGGAUCAACGAGGGAUACGCCAAGAAACCACUACACACACUCUCUCAUAAAAACAGGUUGUGCCCAGAGGAUCUCAACUCGUCUGUGCUGGCAUACAUGAAAGAGAUGCUGGGCUACUCCCUCUCUGAAAUCAUACACACACUCACCAUCAACCGACCCUCCGCCAUCAUGGCCUCUUAUCACCUGCUGCUCAACAAACUCAGCAGGACCCAGAAGGGAGCCAAGGCCAGCAAGAAACCAGAGAGCAAUGACUUGAGUCUUCCAAGCAAGAACACAUGGAGAGAGAAGCAUACCACUGAAUCAAAGACCCAGCAACAGAAUGAACCACCCAAUCAAAAAAGCUCAAAGCAGUCCAGCAGGCCUCUGAGAGCCCAACAGACAAGUAUAUGUCAGAGCAACAGGAAGAGACCCGAGGACCUGCACAGAAAGGACCACAGGGAGAACGCAGAGAACCGUCCUCCAUCUCCAUCUCUACCUCAGCUUCCUCUCUCUGCCUCCCCCUCAAUCCCCCCUCGCCUUCCCUCACCCUCUCUCGCUCCUCUGUCUGCAGAGGAUGAGGAGAUCCCCAUCACCUUGGACACCACAGAGACGCUGUUUCCUGAAGUGUCAGUGUUCAGGGACCGGGAGCUCGUCCAUCUUCCUCCUCCUAAAAGCUCUGCGUCUCAACUCUGUGACUCCGCCCCUUGCCAAGUCCCCUUGCCCGCUGAGCCAAUCCGAGACAGCAGCACGUCGAGGCUGAUCCGCCACGCACACCUGCUCAGGACAACUCAAUCAGACGGGGCGGCAGACCCUGGGUCAGACUGCUUCCAUGACAACCGCCACCAGGACGACCACUCUCAUCACCUGAGCAUCAACGAGCGUCUGGAGAAGCUGCAGACAUUUUAUUCCUCAGAGAAGAACGGCAUCUCUCCCAGAAUGCUCCUGGAGGCCGACGCACACGCCACGCACUCCCCAGACAGAGACCACCUGGGCACCAUGUCACCCUCUGCCCCACUGCCCCGCCUGCGCAACGUGGGGCUAAAAGACGGUCGAGGCAGUAAGAUGACAUGGGUAGGGUUGACCCGACCUGGGCCCCCAGGACUCCUGGUGAACAGGUCCAAACCCCCCGCAUUCCCCUCGCAGAGACAACAUACUUUGGUCAUUAAGAGCCUCAGGCAGGAGAGGGGUAAGAGAAGGGAUCUGUCGGCAGCAGCAGCAGGAGGAGGAGGAGGAGGAGGAGGAGGAGGGGAGAGAGGGACAGCAGGAGGAGGGCUGAAUGGAGCAAAGAGGAACUCAGUUCAGUUACGUUCAUCUCUCCAGCAUCGGGCGGCGGACCUGAAUCUACCGCUGCUUCCUGCAGCCCUGCAGGGGAAGACAGAUAGGAAGAACCAGCUACACAGCAUGGACUACUGAUACACAGAUGUCAGGACACAAUAGAGAGGCAGUGAUAGUGGCCAGAAAAAGGUGCGAAUAGAAGAUAGGACUGAAGCUAGUGAUAUAUUUAGAAGGCAGAUUAGCAAUGACGAAAUACUGACCUGUGUUGAAACAGUGGCAAUAUAAAGGUGAAUGGAAGAGAAGAAGGAUUAUUAGGCGUGGAUGGUGUUAAAAUACUGAGUAAAGCAGUUUAGAACAUGUGCAUAGAAAUUCUGAGGAACAGGUGUAAACAGCAGCUGGAAAGAAAAUGCUAAAGCUAUUAUUCUCCACUGUUCCAUUCAUGCCUUGCUCACCAACCAGACUCUUUCCCAAACAAACAACAUACACAAACAAUACGCAUCCUUUUUAUGCUGCAGUGCCAAAAAAGUCUAACUCUAAGCUCAUCAAUUUACUGUAAAUUUAGCCUUUGGUAGCAAGGCUUUGGUCUAGUUACUGUUGACCAUUUUCCUCUGUAAUUUCAUGUUCAUCUCCACCCAUCACAAUGUGAAGUGCAGAAUGCCCACAGGCAUAUGGUUCUAUUUGUAUUUACUGUACUUAAAUACAUUUUGUACUAACAUUGAAAGUCAAAGUAAAAAAAGUCUUAACUCUACCUUAACUUCUGGUUAUGUGUCUUUGUGGCAAGUUUUUUGCAAAGUUAUUGCUC